AGUGUAAACCUGCGUGUAGUGUUGAAAACUUACCAGUGAUCAGCUGCUUUGCAUCGAUGAAGUCCCACAACCGUUCUAUUUGCUUAUCUUUCUUUUCAACCUCAUUCUCCACAUCUUUCAGCUCCUUGAGAGCCUGAUCGACCAUUCUAUCCUUCAUAAUCGGUAUGCGCUCUCGAAGAGUUUCUCAUAAUGCCAUUCCUUAUUUUCAUUCUAUACUCGUUGUCUUCGUCUCGGUACCGGAGGGGGGGUCGUCGACUCGGUGCAGUUUUGCCAGUUCUUACUCUAUGGCUGAAUCUAGUUUUGCGAGUCCUUCGUCUAUGGCGGAAUCGAGUGUCGUGCCUGAUGGGUCUUCGGAAGUGGUGGAAGCACUUGUCCGGUGACGUUUUGGAUUACGCCUUGGGGUCGUGGGCGCGCGGCGAGCGCGUUUACGCGGUAACUCUGACAUUAUUGUAAGAGCUAUAUCGCUGCGGUUCAAUGAGGACAAAGAAGGAGGCCGGAGCGA